UUCAUCACUUGAAUACUUAGAAAUUAGCAAAUAUGGCUGUGUGGAAGAUUUCAGCUUUCGUGGCCUGUGUGAUGGGGCUAGCUCUGGUGCUUCCUUCCCAUGCACAAAACUCUCCUCAAGACUACCUUAAUGUACACAAUGCAGCUCGUUCAGCAAUCUUGGGUGCCAACAUACCAGCUCUAAAAUAUGACACCAUAUUAGAAACAGAAGUCCGAUUGUAUCUCACUACAUUGCUUGGCGUGUGCAAUCCAAAUGUUGAUUUUUCAUUGAAUGGGAUCAAUGUCAUAGUGAAAGCAAAUGCAUUGACAGGGCUCGAAGCUGUGAGUGCUUGGGUUAGUGAGGGAAUCUUUUAUAACUACAUCACCAAUCUUUGCAUUGGAGGAGUUUGCAAACAUUAUACUCAAGUGAUUUGGAAGAGCUCGGUUAACGUAGGAUGUUUCAGGACUCAGUGCCUUAACAAUUUGAAUCUUUGGAUUGUUGGUUGCCAGUAUAGUCCACCUGGCAACAUCCCUGGACAACGCCCUUAUUAAGCUCGGAAAAUACUUAAUUAUUAUGUAUUGUUAUGCUCCAUGAAUAAUAUUGCUUCUUUUCCCUCUU